GCGCGACCAAGGCUGAGUUUGAAAUUUCAGUCACGAUGGCAUGCGAUCGCAAAAGUUUAGCCCGUCCCGUCUUAUUUCAGUAAUUACAAAAUUAAUGAUUCCCAUUCUGGUCGUUUCAAAAUGAAAACAAACGAUGGACUGUUCUUAUUGUUACUGGUACUUGCUGCUCAGCUGGAUGAAACGUACCAAGAUUGUACUGCUUACGAGUUCAGGGAGACAUUUGCCACGUUUGUGGUGUUGGACGUCACAUCACCCACGGGAGACGAGCGGUGGCUCACCUAUGGCUGUCGCUUCGGAUAUCAUUUCGACGGAGAGGACCCGACCCAGCCGGACUUCUUACUCUCGCAGGACACCAUGCACUGCGAGUAUGGCAGAUGGCAAGAACGCCCACGAGUAUGCGGCGCAAAAUACAACAGUCUACUGGAAGCCCUCGAUCACCUGGACUACCGCAAUGAAACGGCCUGGGAGGGGGAAGCGCUGGAAAUUGAUUUCUUCAUUAAAAGUCCUGACUACGUUAAAAAGGGACCUUACGUGUUCAAGGCGAACGGGGAUGAGGUACAGAACGCAUCCAUGUCUGGCUUCUUACGUCAGGACCGAGGGCCGUAUUCAAGAUAUGUAAGAUGGACUGCCUAUUUAACCAAAGCGGACACCGGCUACUACUACUAUCACGAUAUGGAAAGUCGCGGACACAAGCGGAAACCCAGAUAUGAAUAUUUCUAUAUUGAGAUUUAUGGACCCACGCACGGCGAGUGGAGCGAGUGGGGAUCCUGGGGCGAAUGCACCGCGACGUGUGGAGUCAGCACGCGCUACCGCGAGCGGGCCUGCGACAACCCGCCGCCAGCCAACGGGGGCACCGACUGCGCGGGCCCCGCCAACGCCACCGAACCGUGCGCGGUGGAUCCUUGCGCGGUCCACGGAGGCUGGUCCGGGUGGGGCGAGUGGUCCGCGUGCUUCGUGACCUGCGGCGGAGGGAGCGUCUCCAGGAGCCGAGUGUGCGAUGAUCCAGCCCCGGCCUGGGGCGGUGACGACUGUGUGGGUGAGGCGGUGGGGUCGGACGUUUGCAGCCCGGAUCCUUGUCCUGUUGAUGGUAACUGGGCCCAGUGGUCGACCUGGUUGGCAUGCAGUCGCACGUGCGAUGGCGGUACCAGAGACCGGGUCCGUACGUGCACCGACCCGCCGGCCCAGCACGGAGGGGCAGACUGCAGCGGAGAAGACGCCGAGGUCGAAUCGUGCGGAGAUGGUGCAUGCAGAAGAGACGGCAACUGGGCCCAGUGGACGGAGUGGUCGCCGUGCUCCAAGACGUGCGGCUUCGGUAACAAGACCCGUGAGCGGACAUGCAGCGACCCGCCCCCUUCCAGUGGGGGUGAUGACUGCCCCGGGGUGGGGAUGCCGGCCAACCACUUCCAGCAGGAGGACUGCAUGGACGUCUACGACUGCCCAGUGGACGGUAACUGGACGGAGUGGUCAGCCUGGGGUAACUGUACUGUGUUGUGCGGUGGAGGAGAGAUCGUCCGAAGCCGGGAAUGCACCAAUCCCGUGCCGGCAUGGGGCGGUCGUGACUGCGAGGGAAACGCAACGGACGUCAUUCCAGACUGUAAUCCAGAACCAUGUGGCGUUGACGGUGGUUGGACUGACUGGUCCGAGUGGACAACAUGCACCAAGACGUGCGGGGGCGGCACCACGCUCAGGAAUCGGAGCUGCACCGACCCGCUGCCGACACACGGCGGGCGGGACUGCGAGGGAGACGGCGGCGAGAUCGAAGCCUGUCACACCGAACGGUGCUUGGAUGGCGCUUGGUCUCAGUGGUCGCCGUGGUCCGUGUGUUCCCAUAGCUGUCGUGGAGGGGUCCAGGCACGGUCUCGGUCCUGUACGGACCCUAGGCCCGGCUUGGGAGGGAGUGACUGCCCGGAUAGCGGCAACAUGAAGAGUUACAGUCAGUGGCAGAGGUGCAACGAGCAACCGUGCCCAAUUCAUGGUUGGUGGUCUAGCUGGUCGGCGUGGUCGGCCUGUCCGGUGACAUGUGGAGGCGGCUACCGUGUUUCAGCCAGGAAUUGCUCCCGGCCCGCGCCGCAGUGGGGCGGCGAGCAGUGCCGAGGGAACGCAGUCAAGACAUGGCGGUGUAACACCAAGGCUUGCCCACUGUUUGGAGCACCGGACGGUGUCGCAUUUUCCCCGAGUGACACGAACAUCACAGUCAGUUGGCAUGUGCCCAUGGAAUAUGAGUGGCCAUUGCUUUAUUACAACGUACAUUACAGGGACAGACUUACCGGCAAUGAAAGCCUCCACACACUAAUCCACCCGAAGUCGGAGGUCCACCCUUACCCCAUCUACAACCUGACGUCGUUCCGGACUCUACCUACCAAAGACAACUCCACGUUCGCCAUGACGGUCCGCGGGCUGUCAGCGUCCACCGAGUACGAGCUGUGCUUGACGGCCAAGCAUGGGUACGGCGCGGCCACUAGCGGCCACAGUCAGGUCACGGUGGUAAAGACACUCAGACAUGCUUUUCCGGCUCCGCCCGCGCCGGUCACGAUCGAGUACGGGAACUACGCCAUCGAGCGGGAAUACAAGGUGCUGAUUCGCUGGUCGCCGGUCACGUGGUCCAACCACACCGCGCCCACCAUGUACCACGUGAUGAUCCGAGAUAUCAAGAUGACCAUUGACAAGCCGUGGAUCGUGCUAGAUGAGGUUCCCACGCAAAUCACAGGGCAUCUGAUACGUCAGGGUUCACAGUUCAACCUCCGUGACAACGUGUACAUUGUCCAAGUUGCGGCGAGUAACCAGCAUGGUAGCAGUCUACCAGCUAUUUGCAGGGAACUGGUGGAUUAUUUGGCAGUGGAGGCGGAUAAAGAGUGACAUCAGGUCACAGAAAUGUCCCGAAACCAAGACACAGGACGAAACUCGAGUUGACUACAAAUAAAGCUACUGGCAUUUUAAUACAGACCUCGGAAUACGUCAUCCUUUUCUUCUCGUGUCCUCAUUUCAGUUAAUUCCUCUAUCGUACCUCCUGUGAUUAGGCCUUUGUUAGAUUUAUGGAUUUGUUCAUUUCCGUGUCUUCCUUGACGUAUAACCGGAGUAAAACACGCGGUCGGUUGAUCAGACCAUGGAUGGAGCUAUAAAAAGCCUUUUUAUAGCUCCAUGAUCAUGACCCUGCGUCAUGCACGGAACAUGCGCUAGUCGAUAUUGUGGGGGUUUACACAAAUUGUUGACUUCGUCUCCGCUUUGCGCUUCAGUGAGCCCAGCCGCAUGAUUUUAAUCCUCAGCUUGACCGGGUCCAGUACAAUAUUUGGGCCAUUUUCUGCUACGGAACAUCGAUUCUGCCACUCAAGGCUUUUGCAUGGUCUAAUUGCACGAAUAUGAACGCAGCAGGAUUCUUUUAAGUUGAACCUUCGGCUACAGUACGAAGACUAAGCCUGCACGAAGCCGGGAUUUUAUAAACCUCCAAUAAGGUAUAGCGCCCUCUUGAGGAACUGAAGCUUUUCGAAAUUAAGGCUCUUUUAUAUUAUGAGCCUCGGAGCCUGAGGAUUUUUCUGACAGGGAAAGUCCACUGACGAUGUCAUUGGGAAAGACCCAUCAUAUUUAAAAUUCGAAAUUUUGAAAUUUUUAUUUCUUUAAUGGCCAAAAUGAUUAAAAAACUGUUGACUAAAGUUGUUACAUCCAAAUAAAUUUCAACCUUGGAACCUA